GCCCUUCCUUCUUCUAUGAUCAUAGUAGCAGUUUAUUGUCCUGUGAUAGCUGCCAUUUUUAUUGUUCUGAAGAUGGUCAACUAUCGACUACAUAGAGCUCUUGAUGCUGGAGAAGUUGUUGAGAGGGGUGCAAAUGAGUUUGCAGAUCAGCGAGCGAAAGCUGAACAAGGCAACUGUUCAACCAGGAGAAAAGACAGCAAUGGACCAAGUGAUCCUGGUGGGGGGAUUGAAAUGUCUGAGUUCAUUCGAGAGGCCACACCUCCAGUUGGUUGCAGUUCAAGGAAUUCUUAUGCUGGCCUCGAUCCAAGCAACCAGAUCGGAUCUGGCUCCUCUCGUCUGGGAACAGCAGCAACUAUUAAAGGAGAUACAGACACUGCUAAGACUUCUGACGAUAUCAGUUUAAGUUUGGGCCAGAGCUCUAGUCUUUGUAAGGAAGGAAGUGAAGAACAAGAUUUGGCAACUGAUCGGAAACUCUUCCGUCUGGUCUCCAAUGACUCCUUCAUCUCCAUUCAGCCUUCCUUAUCCUCUUGUGGACAGGACUUACCAAGGGACUUCAGUGACAAAGUAAGCCUGCCAAGUCACAGCCACCACCACCACGUCGAUCAGUCUCUGUCCAGCGCCUGUGAUACAGAAGUAGCUUCUCUCGUACCUUUACAUUCACACUCUUAUAGGAAAGACCACCGGCCACGAGGCGUACCCCGGACUUCGAGCUCUGCUGUGGCUUUCCCAGAUACUUCACUGAACGACUUCCCUCUUUAUCAGCAAAGACGUGGCUUAGAUCCAGUUAGUGAGUUAGAAUCUUCCAAACCUCAUUCUGGAUCCAAAGAAUCCUUAGUGGAAAAUUCUUGUUUAUCAGGGGAAUUUCAGCUUGCUAGUGACCUAAAACACAGUCAUCCUCAGCCACCCACAAAAAACGGGAAGAGCAAACCUUUGAAAGCCGACAAAAGCAUCGACAGCUUGAGGAGCUUGAGCACUCGGAGUAGUGGGUCUACGGAGAGCUACUGCAGCGGGACAGACCGUGACACCAACAGUACCGUCAGCAGCUACAAAAGUGAGCAGACCAGCUCCACACACAUAGAGAGCAUCUUGUCGGAGCACGAGGAAUCUCCUAAAGUAGGGAAGAAAGGCGGUAAGAAAAAAGAGUGCCCUGCCGACCCGGAGGAGAAAAGUAGCUGUGCCAGUGACAAGAGGGCGAGCACUGAAAAGACUGCCAUGGAAGUGAGUCUGAACAGUGUGGCUCAUGAGGCCAAGGAUUCCAACACCUCUGAUGAGAUGCACAAUCAGAGAGGCCUCAGUACCUCCGCAUCUGAAGAAGCCAAUAAAAACCCUCAUGCCAACGAAGUUACUUCCCAAGAGGACAGACCACUUGGGAAAACUGUAGAAAACAAAGAAGAGCAGAACGAUAAAUCAGCCAUUUCAGCAGAUUCAAAAGUUUGUAAAGACGUUGGCGGGAAGCAGAAGGGCGGGGAUGUACGACCUAAGUCCUCCAGCUUAAUCCACCGGACAGCCUCUGCACACAAGUCAGGCAGGAGACGGACAGGGAAAAAACGGGCCAGCAGUUUUGAUGCAAGUCGGCACAGGGAUUACGUUUCCUUUCGAGGUGUUUCUGGUACCAAACCACACAGUGCUAUAUUUUGUCACGACGAGGACUCCAGUGACCCAAGUGACUUGAGUCGAGCCUCAAGCGUUCAGUCUGCUCACCAGUUCAGUAGCGAUAGCUCCUCUAGCACUACUUCUCAUUCGUGUCAGUCUCCCGACGGCAAGUACACUGCUCUAAAGACCAGACACACUCACAAAGACAGGGGCACAGACUCAGAUCACACACACAGAGCUCAUUUGGGUCCUGAAGGAACUGGCAAAAAGCGGGCCACACGGCGGACUUCCAGCACAAACAGUGGCAAGACGCGCGCCCGAGUGUUGAGCCUGGACAGCGGCACGGUGGCCUGUCUGAGUGACUGCAGCAGGCUGAUGGCCCCUGAAAGCAUAAAACCCUUAACCACUUCCAAAUCAGACCUCGAGGCCAAAGAGGGAGAGGUGCUAGAUGAGCUCUCUCUACUGGGACGGGCUUCCCAGUUAGAGACCGUUACUCGGUCUAGGAAUAGCUUGCCAAGCCAGGUUGCGUUUCCUGAAGGGGAAGAGCAAGAUGCAGUCAGUGGAGCAGCACAGGCCAGCGAGGAGGCGGUGUCAUUUCGCCGUGAACGCAGCACAUUUAGGCGCCAGGCAGUACGGCGCCGGCACAAUGCAGGGAGUAACCCUACCCCUCCUACAUUGCUCAUCGGAUCACCCCUAAGCCUUCAAGAUGGUCAGCAAGGCCAGCAGUCCACAGCCCAGGUCAAAGUCCAGUCCCGUCCCCCUUCCCAGGCUGCAGUGCUCAGUGCUAGUGCCUCCUUGCUGGUGAGAAAUGGGAGUGUCCACUUAGAAGCCUCACAUGACAAUGCAUCUGCUGUAGGCGGUGGCAGUUUGCACGAUGAACUUGGUAAGUUCUCUUCUACGCUUUAUGAGACUGGUGGUUGUGAUAUGUCACUUGUGAAUUUUGAACCAGCAGCAAGAAGAGCAUCCAAUAUCUGCGACACGGAUUCUCAUGUAUCCAGUUCUACCUCAGUUCGAUUUUAUCCACAUGAUGUGCUUUCUCUCCCACAGAUACGGUUGAAUAGACUAUUGACCAUCGAUACAGAUCUGUUGGAGCAACAGGACAUUGAUCUAAGCCCUGACUUGGCAGCCACUUACGGUCCAACAGAAGAAGCUGCCCAAAAGGUCAAGCACUAUUACCGCUUUUGGAUCCUGCCCCAACUAUGGAUUGGCAUUAACUUUGACAGACUCACACUUUUGGCCCUGUUUGAUAGAAAUCGUGAGAUCCUGGAAAAUGUGUUAGCUGUCAUCCUGGCUAUUCUCGUGGCUUUUUUGGGAUCUAUUCUUCUGAUACAAGGUUUCUUCAGAGAUAUCUGGGUCUUUCAGUUCUGCUUGGUCAUAGCCAGCUGUCAAUACUCAUUACUUAAGAGUGUCCAGCCAGAUUCUUCUUCUCCCAGACAUGGUCAUAAUCGUAUCAUUGCCUACAGUAGACCAGUUUAUUUCUGUUUAUGUUGUGGUCUUAUUUGGCUGUUGGAUUACGGUAGCAGAAACCUUACUACAACCAAGUUCAAAUUAUAUGGGAUUACUUUCACCAAUCCUCUGGUGUUUAUAUCAGCCAGGGAUUUAGUUAUAGUGUUUACACUCUGUUUCCCAAUAGUAUUUUUCAUUGGUCUCCUGCCUCAGGUGAAUACAUUUGUAAUGUACCUUUGUGAACAAUUGGAUAUUCAUAUCUUUGGUGGUAAUGCCACUACAAGCCUGCUUGCUGCACUUUACAGUUUUAUCUGUAGCAUCGUGGCAGUUGCCUUAUUGUAUGGAUUAUGUUAUGGAGCUUUAAAGGAUUCUUGGGAUGGCCAACAUAUUCCAGUGCUUUUCUCCAUUUUUUGUGGUUUGUUAGUGGCAAUGUCCUAUCAUCUCAGCCGACAAAGCAGUGAUCCAUCUGUACUUUUCUCUUUGGUGCAAUCCAAGAUAUUUCCAAAAACAGAAGAGAAAAAUCCAGAAGACCCUCUAUCUGAAGUCAAAGACCCACUGCCAGAAAAACUUAGAAAUUCUGUCAGUGAGCGUUUACAGUCUGACCUAGUGGUGUGCAUUGUGAUUGGUGUGCUGUACUUUGCUAUUCAUGUAAGCACAGUGUUCACAGUAUUACAGCCUGCUCUCAAGUAUGUGUUGUAUGCAUUGGUUGGUUUCGUGGGUUUUGUAACCCAUUAUGUGCUGCCUCAAGUUAGAAAACAGCUGCCAUGGCACUGUUUCUCUCAUCCUCUGCUGAAGACAGUGGAGUAUAAUCAGUAUGAAGUUCGAAAUGCAGCCACUAUGAUGUGGUUUGAGAAACUUCACGUGUGGCUUCUUUUUGCGGAGAAGAAUAUCAUCUAUCCAUUAAUUGUUCUCAAUGAACUUAGUAGCAGUGCCGAGACGAUUGCUAGUCCCAAAAAACUGGAUACAGAAUUGGGGGCUUUGCUGAUCACCGUCGCUGGUCUGAAGUUGCUGCGAUCCUCUUUCAGCAGCCCUACCUACCAGUACGUCACAGUGAUCUUCACUGUGCUCUUUUUCAAAUUCGACUACGAAGCUUUUUCAGAAACCAUGCUGUUGGAUCUCUUCUUCAUGUCCAUUCUCUUCAACAAGCUUUGGGAACUCCUUUAUAAAUUGCAGUUCGUGUACACCUACAUCGCCCCAUGGCAGAUUACUUGGGGCUCUGCCUUCCACGCUUUCGCUCAGCCCUUUGCUGUGCCCCAUUCAGCCAUGUUGUUUAUUCAAGCUGCUGUAUCGGCCUUCUUCUCUACACCACUAAACCCCUUUCUGGGAAGUGCAAUAUUCAUCACUUCAUAUGUUCGACCCGUGAAAUUCUGGGAGAGAGACUAUAACACGAAACGAGUGGAUCAUUCAAAUACCAGAUUGGCUUCCCAGCUUGAUAGAAAUCCAGGAUCAGAUGACAAUAACCUGAAUUCCAUCUUUUAUGAACAUUUAACCAGAUCCCUACAACACAGUCUCUGUGGUGAUUUGCUACUAGGACGGUGGGGAAACUACAGUACAGGGGACUGUUUCAUCCUUGCCUCUGACUAUCUUAAUGCAUUAGUACACCUGAUAGAGAUUGGCAACGGUCUGGUCACCUUCCAGCUGCGAGGGCUCGAGUUCAGAGGUACCUACUGUCAACAACGGGAAGUAGAGGCCAUUACUGAAGGUGUAGAGGAAGAUGAAGGAUUUUGCUGUUGUGAACCUGGCCAUAUUCCUCACGUGCUUUCAUUUAAUGCUGCGUUUAGCCAGCGCUGGCUAGCUUGGGAAGUGAUAGUCACUAAGUACAUUCUGGAGGGUUACAGUAUCACUGAUAAUAGUGCUGCUUCAAUGCUUCAAGUCUUUGAUCUUCGGAAAGUACUUACCACAUACUAUGUCAAGGGUAUCAUUUAUUAUGUUACAACGUCUUCUAAGUUAGAGGAGUGGCUAGCUAAUGAGACAAUGCAGGAAGGACUACGUCUGUGUGCGGAUCGAAAUUAUGUUGAUGUGGACCCAACAUUUAACCCCAACAUUGAUGAAGACUAUGACCAUCGACUUGCAGGGAUAUCCAGGGAGAGUUUCUGUGUGAUUUACCUCAACUGGAUAGAGUAUUGCUCUUCACGAAGAGCAAAGCCACUGGAUGUGGACAAGGAUUCAUCUCUGGUGACGCUUUGCUAUGGACUCUGUGUUCUGGGGCGGAGAGCUCUGGGGACUGCAUCCCACCAUAUGUCCAGUAAUUUAGAGUCAUUCCUCUAUGGAUUGCAUGCCCUAUUUAAAGGAGAUUUCCGUAUUUCUUCAAUUCGAGAUGAAUGGAUCUUUGCUGACAUGGAAUUGCUAAGAAAAGUAGUAGUCCCUGGAAUCCGCAUGUCCAUUAAACUUCACCAGGACCAUUUCACUUCUCCAGAUGAGUAUGAUGACCCUACUGUGCUCUAUGAAGCCAUUGUAUCUCAUGAGAAAAACCUGGUCAUAGCCCAUGAAGGGGACCCAGCAUGGCGGAGUGCAGUCCUGGCCAACUCUCCUUCCUUGCUCGCUCUACGACAUGUCAUGGACGAUGGCACCAAUGAAUACAAAAUUAUCAUGCUCAACAGGCGCUAUCUGAGCUUCAGAGUCAUUAAAGUGAAUAAAGAGUGUGUCAGAGGUCUUUGGGCAGGGCAACAGCAGGAGCUUGUUUUUCUGCGCAACCGUAACCCAGAGAGAGGUAGCAUUCAGAAUGCAAAGCAAGCCCUGAGAAACAUGAUAAACUCAUCUUGCGAUCAGCCUAUUGGUUACCCAAUCUUUGUCUCACCCCUGACAACUUCUUACUCUGACAGCCAUGAACAGCUUAAAGAAAUUCUUGGGGGACCUAUCAGCUUGGGAAAUAUCAGAAACUUCAUAGUGUCAACCUGGCACAGGCUAAGGAAAGGUUGUGGCGCUGGAUGUAACAGUGGUGGCAAUAUUGAAGAUUCUGAUACUGGAGGUGGAACUUCCUGUACUGGUAACAACACGACAACUGCCAGUGAUCCCCAUGGCAAUGUGUCCCAGGGAAGCACUGGAAAUUCUGGGCAGGGAUCCGGAGCAGGACUCCAUCCACCUGUCACAGCUUACCCGCCUCCACUAGGCACAAGCCACAGCGCGCACUCUGUGCAGUCCAGCCUGGUCAGGCAGUCCCCUGCUCGGGCCUCGGUGGCCAGCCAAUCUUCCUACUGCUACAGCAGCCGGCACUCGUCCCUCCGGAUGUCUGCCACAGGGUUUGUGCCUUGCCGGCGCUCUUCCACCAGUCAGAUAUCACUUCGAAACUUGCCGUCAUCCAUCCAGUCCCGCCUCUCUAUGGUGAACCAGAUGGAACCCUGCAGUCAGAGUGGCUUGGCCUGCGUGCAGCACGGCCUGCCUUCCUCCAGCAGCUCCAGCCAAAGCAUCCCAGCCUGCAAACAUCACACUCUCGUGGGCUUUCUCGGGACAGAGGGCGGUCAGAGCAGUGCCUCCGAUGCACAGCCUAGCAGUGCCCUGAGUCCUGCCAGCAAUCCCCAUGCCCCCAAAGGGGAAGUGAUUUACCGAGUCCAAAUUGUGGAUCCCAGUCAGAUUCUGGAAGGGAUCAACUUGUCAAAAAGGAAAGAACUGCAGUGGCCUGAUGAGGGAAUUCGGUUGAGAGCUGGGAGAAACAGCUGGAAGGACUGGAGCCCUCAGGAGGGCAUGGAAGGCCAUGUGAUUCACCGAUGGGUGCCUUGCAGCAGAGAUCCAGGGACUCGAUCCCACAUCGACAAGGCAGUGCUCCUGGUCCAGAUUGAUGACAAAUAUGUGACUGUUAUUGAAACUGGGGUAUUAGAACUUGGGGCUGAAGUGUGAGCCAGUGUUUUACAGCUACAUUUCAUUUCCCCCUCGAUUCCAAGACUUUGGAAAAAGAGGAAAAUACGGAAGACGCCCACAGGUAUCACUUUGACCCCAUGUGGGAGAGACUUGAAAACAGAGUGGGCUUGGUUAAUUAAGCGCCUCUCCUUCACCCUGACCCCCGUCACUGUCUCCAUCCCAAAUAAAGCUGAAAUAUUUUUUUAAGUUAGCUGCCGAGAAAACAUUUUGCAUGAAGGAUAAAGUUCUGUUAAAUUACAUCCUUAAAAAGAAGUUUUUCUUAUGCAUUGCCUAUGCUUUAAAUCAACAAACUUGUCAUUUCUAAACUAUGAUCUCAUAUUUUUCUAAUUUCUUUGCCAAAAAAUAAUUGCCAUGUUUUGUCAUAGAACAUGAAAUCCAUUUACCUUGAUUUUUAAAAACACACCAGUGUAGAAACAUUCAGUUUGACACAUAGCAGUAUGAAAGUUUAAUGUACAGUGAAAGAGACUAUGAACAGACAGAUUUAUCUUAUUCCUUGAGCGCUAAAACUUUAAAGAAAAACUGCACUAAUUUUUUACAGCAAUGCACUAAAGUCUGAGAUUUCUCAGAACAUUUAUUUAUAUAUAAAAAUAAAAUACCAUUAUUUAAAUUGCCUUUGGGAUUACCCCCUCCCCUUUUCCUUGUAAACAUAGGUAGCAGGAACUGUGCUGCUCCUUUUUCUGUUAGUAGCCUAUGCCUCGUGGCAGCACGUCGGAUGUUUUCUUUACAGUGAGCACUAGAUCUUGAGAUCCACAUAGCUUCGUCAUUGACAUUCCCCAGAGCUGAUGGUCACGUGAACACUACUGCCAGCUCCUGUGUCCACACCCGAGAUGACCUCCGACCAGCGCGUGAGCCCCUGCACUCUGCUCCCCUCUGUCGGGCAGGCUCCACUGGAGUCUUCUCUGGGAAGAAAAUACAUUUGCUCUUCAAAGAAGAUGGUCAUUCAAGAACUUAAAGAAAAUAUUUGAUUUCCUUUUAUUUAUUUUAAGAGUUCCUAGCUCUCAAAGUUCUUCACAUGCAGUUCAGUUAACCAAGUGAAAUUUUUUUCAAAGUGAUCCAAAUGGUGCAGUUCUUACUGUCAUAUCCCUUUUGAAUAACUUUGCUUUUUGUUUUCCCCUCUCUUCUUUGUCUAUUACUUGAAUUUUAUUUUCUAUAAUUUAUAGUGUGUAGCCGUAAUUUGAAAUAUUUAUAACUGUGAAAUUGACUUAAUUCAUAUAUUGUCUCAUAACUUAAAUUUUUUUUAAAACGUGUAUUCAGGGAAAUAUAUAACUCAGAUUUACAAUCGAGCUACAUGGGAACUGCAAUUUAGAUUUAAUUUGUAACUUGUAGCAUAUUUUUAAAUCCUCAGAAAAAAAUUUUCCCUUUUGAUGUGAAACUCCAAAGAAAAUUGUGCACCUCCUCUGAGCAUUUAGGAGCAGCCAUCUUUCUACCACCACAAAUAGAACAUUUAAAAAAAAAAAAAAAGGCAGAUAAAAUUAGCUCCAAUAAUACAUUUUAUUUCACCCAGUAUAUCUAAGGUAUUACUAUUUCAACAUGUGGCACUAGCCGUAUUUCAAGUACUCAGUAGCUGCGUGUACCCCGUGGCUACUGUGUUGGACAGCACAGGUUUAAAGAAUCUUCUGAGGAGAGGACAGGUUAAUGUAGAUCUCAUAGUAUAACAUAGCAUUGCAGUAGAAGGAAUGCACACUGCAAAUUUAAAUAGCUAAUAGAAUCUUACUGCAUUUCUCUUUAAGACCUUUUUAUUUUCUCUUUUUCUAAUUUAAAAUUUUUGUGGUCAUUCAGCACCUAAUGUGCCUUGUGUUGACAUCUCCAUAGACUUCACACCUUGCAAAAUUUACUAUCUAAAAAUACUGGUCAGGUGAUUUACUGAGUCUUUAUACAGAAGUUCCCUUUCUGAAUUGACCAUGUAUUUUCCUGAUUCUGUCAUUCUGUAUUUGCCUCAUUUGGGCAAAUCUGUAGUAUGCCAUUUAGGUUCAGUGUCACUGUUUUUCUGAAACUGAAUAUAUGACCUGUCUAUAUACAUAUAUUUUUAAAUCUUCUCAAAGGAAUUAUGUCCCUGCACGUUCCCUUUCUGAAAUAAAUACUAUCUUUUAAUUGCCUAGGCUAGCAAUAAGUAGUCUUUCUGUUUUAGGUGGAGGAUAAUUGAUUUUCCCACACAGGAAAAAAAUCUGAAUUUCAGAUGACUCAAUCAGAAGGGCUAGAAUUAUUUUUAUUCCUAGUCCCUUGCCCUUCAAACAUUGUUAAACGCCUCACAUACUCUGAAAAGUCAGAUUUCAAAUGGAAGACUAGAUUUUAUAUAGAGUCUGUUUUUUGGGUCUUGAGUUGGACAGCAGUUGAUGGACAACUUCUCAAAACAAGUUGGACUUUGUUAUCAUGUAACUCUUCAAUUAGAGAAUUUAUAAAUUAGGAUUCCAAGGAGAAACCCUGUUCUUAUUUUUUAAGUCUGAAGCUACGUCUUUAAAGUCAUAAUACUUUUCUAAUUGCAUCAAGGAACAUAUGAUAAUUGAAGAAAGAUUCUUAUUUUAGUAUUUUGCUCUUAAUUAUCAUAUAGAAAUGAAUACACUUUUCAUUAAUUAGAUUGAUCAUAAAUGUUUUGUUUCUAGCCCCUCCUCCCCCCUUGGAGAAUAGUGAGAAUAUGCAUUUAGAUUCUCUGCUUAACUGAUUUUUUCAUUGAUGUGCAAGAUACCAGCAUAUAUUAGUGUCUUAAAAUUGCCAAAACUUUCAGAGUUCCAUAACUAGAAAGUAAAAGAUGUAAUUAAAACACUUUUGAAAAUUUAUUUCCUUCAAAUAGAGUUGUAUGAUUAAAAUCCUUUCUGGUUUUUCUUAUUUGAUUUCCCCACCUCCUUUGAGAGAAAGACAAUCCUGGAAUGAAUUAUAAAUUGUUGCCUUUUCUCCCUUUUUUUGCUCUAAUUCAGUGGCAAAAAUAUUUUAUAACUUCAAAUUAAGCUUUUGAUUAAUCUUUCAACUUAUAUGUUGUUGUAAAUCCUUUUUAUACCAUUUUCAACACUUGAUAAAACUUUAAAUGUUCUUUUUGUGAAAAAAACUUUAAUUUUUCCAAGAAUCUAGAUUGAGAAAAGAUGUUGAUAUUUAAAGAACUUGGGAGAGUAGAUGGCCAGGCUAUAUGUAUAUUUUUUAAAAUAAGAGGAAAUUAAUUACCUUUUAGGAAAUUAGUGAACAACAUAAUAGUGGGUUUUUUUUUUUUUUCCUCUUUUGAAUUUCUGUUACCGGAGAAUUCAAUUCCGUUAGAUGUGAAGUAUUUUUCAAGUAUCUCUAAAAUACUUCUACUAAUCCUUGAAAGAGAUGUAGUCAGACAGUAUUUCCAGCCUGAGUGAGAAAAGGAAGAUUACUCUGUGUACUAAAAUGCCAGGCAAUGAAAAAGAUUUUAUGUAGGAAUCUAUAGCUUAUUAAGAUGUAGUUUUCUUUCUGGAUUAUUUUUUUCUAUCUCAUAUCAAAAUAUAAAAAAUAGCCUCACAUCUAAACAAGGAUAAUUUAGCCUUAAUAAAUUCCACUUUGAUUCUGAGCAACAUCCUUUAGCCUCUGCUGAGAAAUGCCUCAUUUGGUGGAUUGCUGUGCUGAAUCAUUUGUCUAGAGCUAGGUCUUCUAAACUUAUGAUUUGCCCAGUGUCUACAGUUAUCUCUUUCUUUUAGCUAAUUUAUGAACAUCCUUUCUCCUAAAUAAAUGUAUGACUUGAGAACAAAUUAAUAGUAAUUUUUUGUGAGCAUUCUUUGAAUUUAUAUUAAUUAGUUAUUAAACUAUAAAGUGCUGCCAGAUUAAUUACUUUUAUAUUUAUUUUAAUUACUUUUUCAUGAAUAUGGACAAAACCCUUUCUGGGUAUUUUUUGUUUGUGUGUUCAUUGUUAAGUCCUCAGUUUUUAUUCUUGUUUAUAAUGUAACAUAAAUAUGUAAACUUACUUUUAAAAGCUGGACAGAGACCCAGUAAACUUUUUCUUUUGGUAUGAUUGUUCAGAUAACGUAAAAAUAUCUUUUAUUCUAGAGGCUUUUCCUUUCAUUCAAAAAUGUGUGGAGAGAAUAAUGUCAACCAAGGCUUUUAACUUUUUGUUUCACUCCUAUGUGAAUAUUGAGUUUUACCUAUCUGGGGAAAGAGGAAAAUUAGAUAAUACAUUGUAUCGCAUAAAUGUUAAUAUUACAGGGACUAUGUAUAGCUUUUUUUUUUUCCUCUCUCUUUUUAAGUAUUAAAAACCAGCCCCUGUUAUCUUCAUCUCUCUUUUUUUAAGAAACCUGGUUGAUAUGCACCCGGGCCUCCUCAUUUUUAACUUAUUAAAUGUUUAGGUAAGAACUCUGAUUGGAAAAGAAUUAAUUAUUAUACAAAUAGAUCUGGUAGGACAUGAGUGGCGUAUAAAUUUUGCUUGAAACAGAAGUAUGUUUUCUGCUUUGAAUCACCUCUCCAAAGUCAUCUGUCUAGAAUUAUGUGUGAUAAGAAUUUCUCCUUAUUUCCUAUAAGCCACACGUUCUUUCUGAAUUAGGGCAAUAACUUCUAUUUGUGAGCCGAACUUCAUUAUCUGCCAUUCUGUGGAAUCAACAUAACAUUCUUUGGGGGUAUAGAGCUGACCAUCACUGCAAGGUUAUAUGACAACUUUGUUCUAAUACUUAUACCUAUUAUAUAGGGUUAUAUCUUUUUUUCUUAUGCCUCAGCUCUAUAUGUGAUAGUUUA